UGAAGACUGUAGCGUGAUUUCAACAGACAGACGGACGGACAUGGCUAGAUCGUCUUAGAUUUUUACGCUGAUCAAGAAUAUAUAUAGGGUCGGAAUUGGAUAUAUCGAUGUGUUGCAAACGGAAUGAUAAAAUGAAUAUACCCCCAUCCUUCGGUGGUGGGUAUAAAAAAGUAACCUCGAAAAGAAACUCUAUGUUAGGAAUUUCGUGCUACUUACAAAAACCUUUAUUGUUUUCCAUGCCACUCCCCUAGGUUGGUUCAUGUCUGGUAUAGUGUCCCCACCUAAGUGCCGGUGUCAGUUAGCCGCGAAUGACGGGAAAUGAUAAAGGAAAUGCUCCAACGUUCAAUCAUCUUUCCCGCAUGCCCUACACAUGCUAUCACUUGCCGCACUGAUUUUUCAUAAGUGAGCUAGUAGUCCUAUGUGUCCCGUCAUGAUACCAAUAGCUAUACUGACCUACUUCUUACUUCCUUUCAGUAAUAGCCUCGUCUUCUCACUAACUGGAUCCCCCCAUAGGAUUUUCGCCGUCCUACGAUUGCUUCGCUGUUUCACAGGGUUGCAUGCGCCAAGUUUAUUGACGGCAGUCCUCUGGCCUCCACCGCCAAUUAGUCUGCUCUUUCGUUGGUGCGUUAAAUUGGCCCACCUUCGUCUUCGUCUCGUGAACAGGCAUAUUUCGGUCUUCUCUGGGUUAACAUUGAGACCUCUGGGUUUAGCCCAGUCAUAUGCCAUAUGCCAGGCCCUUUCGAUCUUUCUGCAUAGCCGGUGAACGGAGAAGGGUAAAAUUAAAAAAAUUGCUGAAAAUGAUUGAUGUCUUGGCAAAUAUACGAAAAGUUUUAUCAAAUAUGAAAUCGUAGCAGGGUGGAACAAAAAGUAUUACAAAAUUUCUAUAAUUGGUACCAUUUAGUACAUUCUUUAUAGAUUGAGCUGCAGAUCUGAAAUUUGGGAUACAGGCAUAUUUCGGCAGUAUGUACCAGACGACAAGAAGAUUUUCUUGAUAUUCGCACAUUUUGGUACUAAAACGCGCAAGAUGGCACCUUCUUUACGGAUUGAGCAAAAAUUGCAAAUUUUGCCCAUGAACAUUCCACUCAGGAUCAGGGGCAAACUUCUCACAUAUCAAUGAGUGCAGUCCGAUCAAGUUUAAGCUCAAAGAUAAGGGGCCUCCUUUCUAUAGUCGAGUCCGAACGGUGUGCCGCAGUGCGACACCUCUUUGGAGAGAAGUUUUACAUGGCAUUUAUUUAUUAACUCACAAAUUUUACCGGCAUAAGGAGGGGAAAACCACCGAUGAAUUUUUUUUUCUGAUGGUGUCGCCAGGAUGCCAGGAACCCAGGCGUUCAGCGUCAUAGGCGGUCAUGCUAACCUCUGCGCUACGGUGGCCUCCAUUAAAGAAUAUUACCCUUAAAUUUUGUCUCUAGAAAAAUAUUAAAAUUUUUUCAAAAAAAAAUUUGUUUUUAAUAGGAAUUUCAUUACAAUUUUGCCCUCCAGAAAAUAAAAUUUAAGGCGAUCCUGGCCUGAGCAAAUUGUUGGCUUUGUAAAAUAUUAUAAAUAUGAAAUUUUGUCAUUAUAAAGAAAAUAUUAAUGAAAUUUUUGUUUAGAAUAAAUUUAAUUUAGAUUUUUUCUCUAUACAAAACGAGCCCCCACCCCCUGGCUGCGUCCCUGGCUUUAUAUUAACCGGUCUCUCGAAACUUUAAUUUUUGUUCUGGUUUGAUAAAAGUUUUGGUAAAUUGCUGCCGGUAAAAACUCUCAUAUUCCUAUUCGAAGUUUCGAAUAGAAUUAAUCGAUUACGGAUACCAUAAACCAAAAAAUGCGAAACUUGAUCGUAAUAAGUCGAUUGCGGAUGCAAGAAUUAGGUCCCAGCUCCGGGGUUUUCUUUGACCCUGGACACAUGCAUCAAAAGCAAACGAAGGAUACACUCUAGGAAGUGGAUAUGAAUCCUAUGGCGGAGAGUAAUAGAAAUUCCCAGGCAAGAAACAUUAAAAAAGUCCCCUAUAAUGUAUCUUCCAGGAAAUUUGCCAAUUGAAUACAUUAACCAGGCCUAUCAUUUGUUCACAGAUAACGAAUGAAUGAAUGGCUUCAUUGAAAACAGACAAAAGAUCAAGACACCUGUGAAGUGCUGACCCAAAAAGCGAUGGAACAAAAGCUGCAACACAUUAAAUUCGAAUAAAACUCUAUUUUCAGACAAUGAGUUGCUUAGUCAAAUUUUUAGCUUACUCAUUUAAAGUUAAAAUGUUGGUCUUGUACGUUGUACUUAUUUUUAAAGUUUUCCUUCAAAUCAAUGCUGAUAUGAAACAACCUUUGACGGUUUCGACAAACUUCCAAAACAUGUUGGUGCGUUUAAGUAACGUUGGACCUAAUCAAACUCCCGUGCCAAAUACCAGUGAGGGGCGUGUGGAAAUCAGCACUGACUUUGGUCGCACUUGGGGCACCAUAUGUGCCACACAUUGGAGUUUUCGGGAGGCCAAUGUAGUCUGCCGCCAACUGAAUUUGGGCUUUGCCAGCUCUACCAAUCAAACUACCCAGUACGGCAAUAGCAGCGUCCAUCCCUGGGGCAUAGUGGGCACACUGUGUCGAGGCAACGAAAAACUUCUAAGGGACUGUGUCCGUGAGGCCACUUAUCCCGGAGCUUGUAAUGCGAACAAUAAAAAUGUGGCCAUAGUUAAAUGUGUGGAUAAAGUGCCAGAUUUAAAAUUGAUUGGAGAAGAAAUUCAGAGAUCAUUGUUUUUGGAUAGCAGACCAUUGUUUAGUUUAAAAUGUGCGCUGGAGGAGAAGUGUUUAUCGAAAGAUGCCUAUGAACUGGCACGUACACAGCCCAGCUCUAAGCGGAAACUACUCAGAUUCAAUACGAAAGCAGAGAAUGUAGGUCGAGCCGAUUUCAGUCCCUAUGCCAACUACAAUCAAUGGCAGUGGCAUCAGUGCCAUUUGCAUUAUCACAGCAUGGAGGAAUUUGCCAGCUUUGAUAUCUUCGAUAUGCGCUAUCGCAAAGUUGCUGAGGGUCACAAGGCCUCUUUCUGCCUCAUGGAUAUUUCAUGCAAAGCCGGUAUAACCCCAAAACACACUUGUGGCAAUAGGCAACAAGGUAUUUCAGCAGGCUGUGCGGACGUUUAUUCCGCCUAUUUGGACUGUCAAUGGGUGGAUGUUACAAAUUUACCCAUUAAUCGCACCUAUAUUCUUCGGGUAGCUAUAAAUCCCAAUUAUUCCAUUGGAGAGGAAUCCUAUGAAAAUAAUAGUGUCGAAUGUCUGUUGGACUAUACCGGAGAAAGAAAUUCUACAAGGGUCAGAAAUUGCAAUGCUGUGGCAUUGUGGUAUUCCUAGUGAAAAAUGUGGAAAUUUUGUUUUGUAUAUUAGAAGUAGUCAUUAAAUAUAUCAUCAAUGGCCAAAAAGGAUUUUUAUUUCGAGCUAGUUAUAGCUCGAUCA